AUGGCUUCUGCAACCUUUGCUUUAUCAGUAGCUGGUUCUGCUACAGUCGUUUCAUCUACUGGUCCCUCCCCUGUAUUGUGUUCAUUGUCGUCAGCAUCAUCAACAUUGGCUUUGGAAGCAGAAUUGGAAAAGCCCACUUCAAUUCUUGCAAAAAGGGUGCUUUUAUGUGGCUCAAUUUGGGUUGCUCUCACUUGUGUUUCCUGCAUUGUAUGCGGGCCGUCUCGCGCGGCGGAUGAUGCUAUCAAAGCCUCGGGCUUUGGAUUGAAGGUCGCGGCGGCGCUGCGGAGCUCCGGCUGGGCCGACGAGGCGAUUGUCUUCACUCUCGCCACCCUUCCUGUUCUCGAGCUUCGCGGGGCCAUUCCUGUUGGGUAUUGGAUGCGGUUGAAUCCAGUCCAUCUAACCGUCCUCUCGAUUCUUGGGAACAUGGUUCCGGUGCCAUUCAUCAUUCUCUACUUUAAAAAGUUUGCAUCUUUCAUAUCUCAAAAAAGUGCUUCAGCUACUCGUUUCGUGGACCUUCUGUUUGAGAGAGCUAGGGCAAAGGCCGGGCCGGUCGAGGAAUUCCAAUGGUUGGGCCUUAUGCUGUUCGUUGCUGUUCCCUUUCCCGGAACGGGGGCUUGGACUGGGGCUUUUAUCGCGUCGAUCCUUGACAUGCCGUUCUGGUCGGCCGUCUCUGCGAAUUUCGUAGGGGUUGUUCUGGCUGGGUUUUUGGUAAAUUUGCUCAUGAAUCUUGGUCUGAAGUACGCAACCAUAACUGGCGUGAUUCUGUUCUUUGUGUCGACAGUAAUGUGGAGCAUCUUGCGGUCGCUUAAAAAGUCAACAAGUGCAAAAUGACGGUAAUCCUGUAUUAACUCGUUUAUCUUCAGAAAGGAGUUCAAGCUGCAACUUUACUUUUAUCCUGGUAAAGAGUUUUCUUUAUGCUGUGGAGAAAAGGGAAUUUAAGUUUUAGCACUUAAUAUAGGUUAGCUUGAAAUUUGUAUUGUGUUUGAGAUUCGAUGCCAUUCAAUCUCCAAUCUCACUGCCAACAACUUGUUUUCUGAACUGCCUAAUGUUAGAUUAUUUCAGGGUGUGUGUACAAUUUUGAAUUGGAUUAAUUCUUUGAGCUGCGAGUCA